CGAAUACAAACCCGCAGCAUGUCCCACCUUGGUCGCAUAAACAAAACAAGUGAUUUGUGAAGCUUCCAAACACCCCCUUAGUUUCAAAACAAAAGAAGCACACUACUCCGUCGGUGCAAUAUAAUCAUUAAGGCUUAAUCCCAAUUUGCAUUCUCAAUCUUCAUUCUUCAACCAGUGUGGUGGUGAAUUUCGAUAAUUAUGGAGAAUCCAGAUUCUGUACAGAAGCUGCACACGCAAAUGCGGCUUUGGGAAUUUCCGAGUCAGUAUGUGAUUGAACCAAUCGAUGGAUCUUCCUGUUCUGCUUUGGCAGUUAGUCGAAAAGAUGGCUCCACGAUGCUCAUUGAUGAGAUUCCUGAAUGCAGAACCCUUCGAGUUCCCAAGAUUUAUACGAUUUAUGGUGUGGCUGGGAUUUUAAGGCUUUUGUCUGGAUCGUAUUUGGUGGUUAUAACUGGGCGCGAAUGUGUUGGAUCCUACUUGGGGCAUCCAAUUUAUAAAGUUUCAUCUUUGAAGGUUUUUCCAUGUGAUUGUUCUCUAAAUAAUACCUCUACUGAACAGAAGAAGACAGAGAUGGAAUUUUCAGGGAUAUUAAAUGUUGCUGAGAAGACUACCGGUCUGUUCUUCUCAUACGACGCUAAUUUAACUCUCAGUGUCCAACGACUAAAUGAACUUGGUGAAGAGUCUAGGUUGCUUCCCCUUUGGAGACAGGCAGAGCCACGGUUUUUAUGGAAUAAUUAUCUGUUGGAAGUGCUUAUAGAUAACAAGCUUGACCCAUUCUUGCUCCCUGUAGUCCAAGGCAGCUUUCAUCACUUUCAAUCAGCUAUUGGGAAAGAUAUCAUUGACAUCACUUUGAUUGCUAGAAGAUGCACAAGAAGAAAUGGAACUCGAAUGUGGAGAAGAGGAGCUGAUUCUGAUGGGUAUGUGGCUAAUUUUGUGGAAACAGAACAAAUUAUGAAGCUCAACGGUUAUACAGGAUCAUUUGUUCAGGUUCGUGGUUCAAUUCCACUGCCUUGGGAGCAAAUUGUUAACUUAACAUAUAAACCAAAGUAUGAGUUAUUGAAACAUGAGGAAGCUCCCCGAGUCCUAGAGAGGCAUUUCUUAGAUUUAAGGAAAAAAUAUGGGGCCGUGUUAGCUGUUGAUCUUGUCAACGAGCAUGGAGGAGAGGGGCGGCUAUGUGAAAAAUUCGGAAGCACAGUGCAAAAUGUAGCUAAUAAUGAUGUCAGAUAUGUGCACUUUGAUUUCCAUCACAUUUGUGGGCACGUUCAUUUCGAUCGUCUCUCAAUCCUUUAUGAUCAAAUUUCGGAUUUUAUUGAGAGAAAUGGAUAUCUUCUAUUGAAUGAAAAAGGAGAGAAAAUGAAGGAACAACUUGGGGUUGUUAGGACGAAUUGUAUUGAUUGCCUAGACCGUACAAAUGUUACUCAGAGCAUGAUAGGCCGAAAUAUGCUAGAAUGCCAGCUGAGAAGGCUUGGGGUCUUUGGUGCUGAAGAAACCAUUUGUUCACAUCCAAAUCUAGAUGAAAAAUAUAAGAUAUUGUGGGCUGAUCACGGGGAUGAUAUAAGUACUCAAUAUACAGGCACUCCUGCCCUCAAAGGAGAUUUCGUCCGAUUCGGGCAUCGCACAAUUCAGGGGAUACUAAAUGAUGGUUGGAAUGCUCUUAUGCGCUAUUAUUUGAAUAACUUUUGUGAUGGAACAAAACAGGAUGCAAUUGAUCUCCUGCAAGGACACUAUAUAGUUUCUAUGAACCGAGAUAAGCCUCCUUCUUCUCAGAACCAAGGCCUUGAAGCUAUUAUUUCAUUUCCUCUGGCUAUGGGUCUGGUUUUGACUGGAUUCUUUUCUGCAAUCAUGUCGUUGAGGCAAGUUAGAUUUGAUUUUCGGCACUUGUUCUUCUCGCUAAUAUGGGCAAGCAUUAGUGUUGGUAUAGCAGCAUUUGUGAAGGCCAAUGGUCGGAUUUUCUGUAACAGACCUCAGUUACACAAGCCGCGGUGUUGAUUUCUAUAUGCAGAUCACUUUUGGCAAUUAACAGGCCUCAUCUGCUGGAGCCUUACUUCUACACUAAGAUGAAUUCAAUCUUUGCACAAGGUUCCUAGCACACAGCUUAUUAUAGUAUCUAUUCUUAUAUACUAAUUUUGAAGUUAUUAUAGCUUCCAAAAUUCAUUCAUAUCCCAUUACAGUGAUUGGUGCAUUGUCGGGAUUUCUUGCUCUGCCUUCCCUUUUGUAUAUGCAGGUUUUAUUUGUGUCUUGUAUAACAUUGAAGCACUCCAAGUUCUUGGAUAUCUCAUAUUCAGUUGAUUCGUUCUGUAUGGUUUUAA